AUGGUGGUGGUGAUUCUUUUAUUGAUGGAGGAUUCUCAAAUUGGAAAAAGAAAUAAAGGCUUCAAAUUCAUGUCGGGAAAAGUGGUAGUGCACACAAUCGAGCUCAGAUUAAGUAUGAGGCUUUUUGAAGUAGCAAAUGUUCUACGCUAUGUGAAUCAGAAAGGACAACUAACAGAACGUUUUAUUGGAGUAGAACAUGUCUCUAGUACCACAGCUCUCUCACUUAAGGAUUCUAUUGAUCACUUAUUCUCUCGAUUUAACUUAAGUAUAUCUAGUUUAAGAGGUCAAGGUUAUGACGGGGCCAGCAACAUGCGAGGUGAGUACAAUGAUCUUAAAGCACUUAUUUUGAAAGAGAAUCCAAGUGCUUUUUAUAUACACUGUUUUGCUCAUCGGCUACAACUAGCUCUUGCAGCUGUGGCAAGCAAGUAUGCAGAAAUUGAAACAUUCUUUACUUUAGUGAAUAAAUUGGUAAAUAUUGUUGGUGGAUUGGCUAAGCGAUGUGAUCUUCUUCGAGAGAAGAAGAGGCUUGAAGUUGUUGAAUCGUUAAAUCUUGGUGAAAUCUCAAGUGGAAAGGGCCUUAAUCAAGAAACAACUCUUAAGCGACCUGAUGAUACUCGUUGGGGCUCUCACUAUAAUUCUUUACUUAACUUGAUUAUCAUGUUUUCUGCUACAGUUGAUGUCGUUGAGAUGAUUGCCACUGAUGAUACUAGUUGUGGAAAGCGAGGGGAAGCACGUAUUUUGUUGGGAUCUAUGUUAACAUUUGAUUUUGUAUUCAGUUUGCAUCUCAUGAAAAAGGUAUUGGGUAUUUCAGAUGAAUUGUCAAAAUCAUUACAAAGGAGAGAACAAUAUAUUGUCAACGCUAUGAAAUUAGUGAAAAUAAGUAAAGAACGACUUCAAGCAAUGAGGAACAAUGAAUGGGAAUCAUUUUUAAGAAAAAUUUUCUGCUUUUGCGAAAGGUACAAUAUUGAUGUUCCCAAUAUGGACGAUAUGUUUAUACCUCUAGGCCAUUCAUGGCGUAACACUCAAGAAAUUACAAAUCUAAAUCAUUUUCGUGUGGAUUUCUUUUAUGCUAUUAUCGAUAUGCAAAUUCAAGAGUUGAAUGAUUGUUUCUCCGAGGUAAAUAGUGACUUACUCCUUUGUGUUGCAUGCUUGUGUCUGAAUAAUUCAUUCUUUGCUUUCAACAAGGAUAAGUUAAUUCAAUUGUGUGAGUAUUAUCCCAAAGAUUUUAAACCAAUAAAGAUCUUAGCACGUAAAGAGCAAAUUCAGACGUAUAUUAUUUUACAGGCUUGUAACAUUGGCGUUAAUUCUUCCAGUUGCACCUACUACGGUAGAAAGAGUAUUUUCUGCAAUGAAGAUUGUCAAGAAUCGACUACGUAA